AACAAGAAGAAGAAGAAAUUCCGACAUAAAAGUCAUGGUCGAGAUCAGGAAAAGGAAGAUCACAUCCAAGUUGAUUGAAAAUGCUACUCAAAGAAAGAUUCGCUACAUGAACAGAGUGGAAGGAUUGUUCACUAAAAUGGAGCAGGUGAAAACCCUAUGUGGUAUUGAAGCAUGUGCAAUUGUAUUUGGUCCAGGUGAUUCAAGACCCUCUGUGUGGCCAUCUCCUCAUGUGGCCAAAAAACUAAUACAUAAGUUUGAAUAUAUGCCAACGUCAGUACGAUCAAGAAAUAUGACUGACCAACUGACUUAUGUGGUGGAAAAAGGAAAAAAGCUUGACGCUAACCUUGCCAAGAUCAACAAAUAUAACGAAGAGACACUUUUGAGAGUUUCCGUGCAUCAAAUUUUAAACGAAGGUAAGUCUAUUUCUGAUUUCAAUGCUAGUAUGAAAAACAACUUGAUUGAUUUUUUACUUGAAAGAAUUAAGAUCGUCAGAAAGAAAACCGAUUAUUUUGAAAAGGCGAUGUUUCCUCUUAAUAAACCUCCCUCUCUGCCACCACCGAUGUCUUGCGCUAUAAACAAUGACAAUAUGACAGAUUUUAGGAUAAACAUAAAUAAAGAAGUUUUGAACCAACAACCAUUAUUAGAUUUAGCCAAGCAAGUUGAUCAAAUGGGUGAUGGUUUUAAUCCUGGUGGUGGUGGCAGUGUUGGUGAUAUGUUGGUUAAUCAAGAGAAUUUUGAAGGUUUUUAUAACAAUAUUUACAGCAACACGGAGAUACGGCCACACACAUAUUUUGGUGGUGGUGUUGAUCUGGCAUCUUCUCAAGGCAAUCUGAAAGAUUUUGAUAGUAGAAUGGAGAUAACAUCAGAUAAAUAUCUUAAUGGUAGUGUUGAUGAUAUUCUGCUCCCUAGAGGAAAUUCGGGGGGUUUUGAUGCUUCUCUAAGUAGCAGCAUGGAGAUACCGCCACAUGUAAGUCAUGGCGAUGGUGUAGAUAUCAUGCUUCCUCAAGGCAAUUUUGGAGGGUUUGAACUUAAUACAAGUGGUAACAUGUGGAUUCCACCACAUGAAAACUCUAGUGGCAAUGUUGAUGCGUUGUUUCCCCAUUUCAGUUUUAGAGGUCAAAACAACUUUGAAAGUUUUGAUAAAAAUACAGGAAGCAACAUGUGGACACCAUCACAUGAAAAUCCCAAUGUUGAUGUUGAUGCGUUGAUUUUUACACAAAAUUAUGGAGGUCAAUGCAACUUUGAAGGUUUUGAUAACAUUACAUAUCACAACAUGUGGACACCAUCACAUGAAAAUCCAAGUGACGGUGUUGAGAUGUUUAUUCCGAAUGUCGAAACAAUAGGUCAAGGAAGCUUCAAAGGUUUUGAUAACAACACAAAUACUAAAAUGGAGAUAUCACCUCAUGCAAAUCACAGUGGUGGUAUUGAUGUUGUGCUUCCUCAAUGGAAUUUCAAAGGUUCUGAUAACAAUGUAGGCACCAACGUGGAGGUAUCACUGCAUGCAAAUUCAAGCGAUGAUGUUGAUUUGUUAUCUCAUCAAGGCAUUUUUGAAGGCUUUGAUAACAAUACAAGUAGCGUCAUGUGGAUUCCACCACGCAAAAAUCAUAGAGAUGGUGAUAAUACGAGGAUUCGUUGCCAAAACAACAUUGGGGGAAAUCUUGAUGAAUAUGGCAUGGGGAGUGCCAAUCCAAACUCUGUUGACAAUAACGAUGGAAGCAACUUCAAUCAAGGACUGUCUUUUGAAUGAAUUUUUGCUACUAGCGGUGACAAACUUGAUGUUGAAGUGUCAAUAUUAUUUGCAAGAAAAAUUCACAAAAUUAGAUAUCGGUGAAUUAUCUAAGGUCUUUUCAAGA